CGGAGCUCCACUGAUACAGCGGUGCUGAGGCAGAGAGCUUGAAAGCUGAGAUCCAGACUUCAGAAUUUAGAUAGAAGUUCGGCUGUAGUGGGUGGACCUAUGAAUAAAAUUAUAUGUGGGCCACAUGGGAUCGAGAGGGAAAGAACAGUGAAAAUAUAAGAGAUUUCACUAUCAAGGAAGAAGGUACUCAAGUUAACACAGUUUGGAAAAAUGAAGAAAAAGGGGUAUUUAGGGGUGAUGAAGCAGAGUAAGUCAGCUAUUGACAUUACACAAGGAAUUCUGGACCUAGAGGAUAUUUGCUGCUUCCAGGGCAGACUAAGAACCAGGUCAUUGUCACAUGACUUUCUGUCAGAACAGCAUCAAUCAGACUCUGAACCAAUACGGGCUCUUUCCCAAGAGAAUGUCCAUGGAAAAAUCCAAGCACUGCAAAAAAAGCUACAGACACAAAAGAUGCAUCUAGGCCCACCACCUCUGGUGAUUGCUAUUAAACAAAUGGAAGACCACCAACACCCCUCUAAAGUCCUGACAUUGUCGGAAAACCUGCCACACAAGUUCCACCUGAAGUCUUCCUCACAGGGAGUUUUACCCCUUUCAAUCAACCCCAUACUGCCACUGUUUUGUACUUCUCCACCUUCACCUGGAGUAGAUUUCAACACCCUUCCUCAGUUUAUUCCUUGCCUGGACAACUCUGCUGCCCGUCAUCGGAUGUCCAUUAAGCCGCGGAAUCAGCGAGCCAGCACUAAGAGUAGAAGAAUACCCACCUCAGAUGGAGGCAGACCUUGCUCAGAGAGGAUGAUCAUCCUGGAAAGGCCUGAGAGUAAAAUAGAGGAUGGGAUAGAUGACCCCAAGGAAAUGCCCAAUGCUCGCUCCUACUCCUCACAGAUCAUUAGGCCAGGAAAGGGUUUUACCACUCCGGCAAUCAAAUGUCCCACUUCUCCACUAAAAUUACUGAAGAGAGCUGAUGAUUAUCACCUACAUGCUGUAUGUCAAUCUAAGGAAAAGGAAGAGUCUGCUCUGAGCAUCUCUGCAGAUGUGGGAACUAAACAGAUACUGAAGUCAGAUGUAGGAAUGGCUGCUAAACGUCCUAACUCAGCAGGGCCAACCAGACUUAAGGGGAAUGAAAACCAUAAAGAAAGUCUGUAUAGCUCCAAACUUAAGGGUGUUGAAGGCAGUGCUGUGUCGACUGAAUAUACUCCGCACCUCAUUUCAUUAGGUACUCAGCAGUCUCAUCCUGAAAUUGACAAGGAACAAAAUACAGUAGCAACUCAUGCUAAGAGCAAUGCAUUGAACCGAAGCAGAGUCCAAGACACAAUACAGGAACAUCAACUUCAAAGCCAGCCAAUUAAACCCCUUUUACAGCACAGAAAUGCAUUACCUCUAGAUAACAAAUAUGAGGGCAGAAAUAUACAUCUAAUCUCCUUAAUGCAACAUUCUAGUGGAGAGGGCUGCCUACAUGAGUCCACAACCCAACAACGAUCUUUAAGUUUUUCUGUUUCCUCAGAGAAUAUUCACGAGAGGCAAAGAACUAGAAGCUUUAAUGAACAGGUGGAGCAAGCAGGAGGAAAUAAAGAACAUGUCCUUUCACUCAUAAAACCUUCAACAAACCUAAAAACACUGGAUCUACACAAGAAUGCACAAUUAAAAGCUAUAGGGAAUGCUACAUCACAGACAGGCGCAUCAGAGAUAUCAACCAAACCGAGAGAUCUGAAAAUAAUUGUGUCUGCUGGUCAAGAAUGUGGUGAUAGCCUAGAAAAUAAAACCUGUAACAUGACAGUGGAGACUCAAGGAGAAGUUGAAGAGGUAGAUAAGGCAAAUAAGGAGAUGAAAAUGAACAAGGUCAGUGCAGAACAGAAAGAGGAAAUUAGUGCAGAAAUCAAUGUCAAACAGCAUAACACUAAGGUCAAGACUGCUCCUUGGCUGACAGAAUCUACUACUCAUACAGCUAUAAGCCAGAAUGACAGCAAAGUUGGGCCAGAAAGAGAAACUUACACAGUUCUCAGAAGUCCUCCACUAUAUAACAAUGAGCUCUUUAUUGUUGCUGAGUGUCCAGUAUUCCCCAGUAUUCGACCUCAGAGUGCCAGAAUGGACCAGGAGAAAGCUGAACUAAUUAGAUUUCCUGAUUUUCAGGCUUCAGCAGGUUCACCUGUUAACAUCACUAGGAUCGUGUGGAGAGAUGAUGGCUCGCCUCAGCCAAGGCACGUUUCGGGCACGCUGAAGCUCGGAGAGACGCUGGAGGAGGAGAGCGUGAAGGCGGGAGGGGAGAGGAGAGCCACGGCCGCCGCGGACAGCCGCUGA